AUGGCCAGAGAUACUGAGAAGCUGGAUAGGGCAGCUCUGGCACCCUCUGGGCCCAUGCGCCCACCUCACGAUGAUUCCGAACAGCGUUUCCAGCCUAAGAGCUUUAGGUUCUGGUCCGUUAUCAUCAGUAUAUUCCUGGCCUUAUUCCUCGUGGCUCUCGACAGAACGAUCCUCGGAACGGCUACGCCGCAAAUCACCGAGGAAUUCCACAGUCUGGGAGAUAUUGGGUGGUAUGGAUCGGCCUAUCAGCUUACCACUGCUGCAUCUCAGCUGUUAUUUGGUCGAGUCUACAAAUUCUACGAGAUAAAGAGGACCUUUUUGAUAACUGUCGCCCUGUUUGAGAUUGGGUCCGUCAUUUGUGGAGCAGCCCCGAAUUCUAUAGUUUUCAUCGUUGGCCGUGCUAUCGCAGGUCUGGGUGGCGCUGGUAUCUUCUCAGGCGUCACCAUUAUCAUGAUCACCAUGGUACCCCUUCGAAAGCGACCCAUGUUUCAGGGCUUGUUUGGAACAAUAUUUGGGCUCGCAUCUGUCCUUGGUCCCCUAGUUGGUGGCGCUCUGACUGAUGCAAUCACGUGGAGGUGGUGCUUCUAUAUAAAUCUCCCUAUAGGGGCUGUGGCGGCCCUGUGUCUCAUCUUCAUCCUAGAGCCAUCGAGACCUUCGCAUCCACCAGCUACCAUAUGGGAACAGAUUCGACGCCUCGAUCCCCUGGGGACCUUCUUUUUCAUUCCUAGUAUUGUCACCCUCCUCAUAGCCCUACAAUGGGGUGGUUCGACUUAUGCUUGGAGCAAUUGGCGAAUCAUUCUGCUCUUCGUCCUAUUUGGGGUCCUUCUCUUUGCUUUCGGUGCCGUGCAGGUAUAUCUGCCAAAGACAGCCACCGUGCCUGUCCGUAUAAUUCGUAGGCGCAGUAUACUGGCUGCGACUAUCUUCAUGUUUGCAUUGGCAGGGUCGUUUCUGAUGGCCAUUUAUUACUUGCCUUUAUGGUUUCAGGUUGUUAAAGGCGCUACCGCGACACAAUCGGGAGUCUAUACUCUUCCCUUCGUCCUCAGCUUAGUAGUGGGCAGUACAUUGUCAGGCAUAUUCACGCAGAAGGUCGGCUAUUACGUACCAGCAAUGAUUGCUUCUCCAAGUCUUCUGGCUGUAGGGCAGGGCCUCAUGAGCACUUUCAGAGUGAAUGAGUCGUCAUCUCAUUGGAUCGGAUUUCAGGUCAUCGCUGGGUUCGGCCUUGGUCUUGGCAUGCAAGCAGCUAGUCUUGCUGCUCAAGCUGUCCUACCGAUGCCUGACGUUCCAAUAGGCAUUGCAAUUAUGUUUUUCGCCCAGCAAUUGGGCGGCGGUAUCUUCACCUCUGUCGGCCAGAAUCUUCUAAGCACGUACCUCGUCUCAAAUCUUCACAUUCCAGGUCUCUCUCCAGAUCAGAUUACGAGUGAGGGUGCUACGGACUUGGUGACAUCGGUGGCGCCUGAAUACCAGUUGACCGUGAAGACCGUCUACAACCAAGCUAUAUCUCAAAUAUUCCGGUGUGCCAUGGGUGUAGCACUUGUAGCUACCGCAGCAGCGCUGUUUAUGGAAUGGAAAAAUGUUAAGAAGACGGGACCUCCUCCGGGAGCCGGACCAGGUGCACGAACUCAGCCUGUCGACGACCUACCGAGUGAAGAAUCGUCUGCGCUUUUUAUUGAGUCGUCUCCAAAGUUAUCUUUAGACAACAACUCAGACGCUGGUAGGAAAGGAGGGAAUAUGAGAAUGAACGGUGCCAUAACUAACAGCGAGGAAUCUCCUACGUUCUUGGUCCCGAAAACUGGUUGCGAGCAUUGUGAGCAUUGUCGGCUUUCACGCGCGCUCACGUUGUCUCCUGAGCGACAAAGCACGUCCCAGCCUCUUCAAGCCCCUUCUAACCGCAACUCACGCUCACAAGCGCUGGCCCAUCAGAUGAACGCACCGGCCCCCGGAGCCCUCGAAGAAGCAGCUCGCCUCGCAGCAAUUGCUCGUGAAGCUGUAGCCCAGCUUGAAGAGCUAACACGGCCGUUUUCCACCAUUGGCGCCUCGAUAGACCAUCAUCCAGUCCAAAGUGUAUCCCGCCCUGAGCGCGCAUAUGUUCCACACAAUGUAUCGAGGCACAGAUCUCUCACAGCGCCUGAAAUACCACCGCGUAAGCUGAGAAGGGAGCCUACAACAGAAGAGCUUGUGGAGAACGCGCGACGUGUUUCGGCCCAGCUUGAGCGCGAAGAGAAGGAGGAAAGAACACGAGAAAUAGAAAGGCGGAAAGAAAGAGAUGAAACAGAGGGUAGACGUUCAGACCGGUCCUCUCGCCAAUUCUCAGCGACGAUAUUCAUGUCGUCGCCUCCACACAGCCCUACAUUCUCACCAAGAGGUGGAAGGUUCCCACCAAUCUCAUGA